AUGUUUUCAGGCAUGUCAAGUACAAAGGGUCCUUGUUACCUUGGCCGCCCCUGGCGCCCGGAUGCACGGGUCAUCCUAUCACACUGCUAUAUUGGUCAGUGUGUGCCACGGCGUGGUUGGGACCGCUGGGACGAUUCCACAGACAUUAACAGGCCAACGUUUUGGGAGUUCAGAUGUGAGGGGCCUGGUUCGAUCAAUGCGUCUUCCUCCACCGAUCAACCUUCAGACCAAGAUAGACGUACAAUGCAGAAAAGUCCUCCAUCAGAAUCAGUGCGAUUCAUUGGCCGAGAGCCUUCAGAAGCUGAAAUUGCUCCAUUUCUAGACUGGCCAUCCUUUUUUGCAUUGACGGUCUGCCCAGAGACGACCUUUCCUGGGCCAGCACCGUCGUGCUCUGUUAAUGAAGAUGGACCACUCGGAACUCCUCGUCCUCCGAUUGAAGAAACCACUCCUGUGACCGCAGCUGCAACAAGAAUGAUCCUGGUGGGUCCAAAGGCACCAAAAGCAAAAACCUCAGCCCAUGACCCUGUGCAUGGUACAGUGAAGCAGUUCACGAGUGUGCAGGAGGCCAUUGAUUCAGUGGAGUCUGGGGGGAAGCACACCACUGUGAUUGCAGUCCAGCCAGGCACAUACUUCGAGCAGGUUCGAGUCCCCUGCAAUAAGACACACAUCCUGCUGCGGGCGGCAUCAGUCGGGGAAGCAAACGCCGGUGGUGGGGAGGUCCGGAUAGUCUUCAGUGCGCACGCAGGAAAGCCUAAGCACAGCAGCAGCGGCGGCAGCAGGAGUGGCAGUAUUAGUGGGACAGAUGCCAGUGCUGCUGAGAGCUACACGACAUAUACUUCUGCAACUUUUGCGGUUGAAGCCAGCCAUUUCACGGCAGAGGGGAUAGAGUUUGAAAACGCAGCAGGACCUCAAUGUGGGGGCGCAUCAGGGCAGAACCAGGCAGUGGCAGUGCGGGUGACAGCGGAGCGAGCAGAGUUCCACCGGUGCAGCUUCCUGGGAUGGCAGGACACACUCUAUUUGCACCGUGGCAGUGCGUGGUUCAGGGAUUGCCGAGUGGAAGGAUCAGUGGACUUCAUUUUUGGAGGACCUAAGGCACGCGGCUACUGGAAGGAAUGUGAGGUGGCGGUGAGGGGCAGGGGUUGGAUGACAGCUCACUGCAGGGACCUCACCCAGUGGCCUGACGACACCAAUGGUGCAUUCGUCUUCGAUGCUUGCUCCAUCCAAGCGGCAGAUGCAUCAGUGCCCGACAGCUGUGCGCUGCUGGGGCGGCCAUGGGGUCCAGACGCCUGUGUGCUGCUGCAUGGGUGCAGUAUAGGAGCCGUGGUCAAGGCAGAGGGGUGGGGCGUAUGGAACUCUGCGACUGAUGUUUCUCGCCCUCGAUUCCUGGAGUGGAAUUGCACCGGGCCCAGUGCUUCGUUGGCUCAUAGGACUAUAGGGCGGCAGGCAACACAAGAGGAGGUGGACCAGCUGGUGCCCGAGAGUGUGUUCUUCCAGGACUUGCCAGGUUUCCCUGCUUCCACACCAGUGCCUUGA